UUAGUAUACUAACUUCGAUUGGAGAGUGAACUUUAAAAAUUAUAAUACUUGGUCAGCGAAUUUAAAAAUUAUAUGAAAUUUUGAAAUGAUUCCAUUUUAUUUGGAAAUAUUAUUAGCUCUAUGUUUAAUAUUUUUCUUGUAUGCAAAAAGACCAGAAGUAUAUGACAGUACACUGGGAAUAUACAGAGUUAAACCAGGAAGAUUUUAUUAUUUGAAAUAUUACGCAGCUUUGAUUGUACUGAAGUUAAGACGUUUGUUCGGUUUGUCGAAUAGGUCACCUGGAAUUUUAUCAACAUAUCAAGGUUGUAGCCGCCAAGAGGGUUAUCAUAUAUAUAGUUCUUCGUCAGAUCGACAAACCUUAAUAUUAGAAAAUGGAAAUAAAUUGCUAUUAAAAAUACCAAAAUUCGCUGAUUGCCUUCUCGUAAGUGAAAUAGCAAAUAAUCCCAAAGAAAUUGGUCCUAUAAUUGUCGAACAUUAUCCAGUCAAUUCUAAUAUUUAUAGAGAGAAAGCAAUAUUAACAUAUAAUGGCUUGAUGAAGUCAAAUGAACGUGAUAGUAAACAUUUUUUAGUUAAUAUAAAAGCUGAGUGGAAUGUAAUUUUACCUUACUUUAAUAUGUAUUGGGAAUUAAGUGAUGAAAAUUUUGCUAAUUCGAUAUCAAAGGAGUUAUGGAGCAAAGAUUAUUUUGAAAAUUUUAAAUUAUUUCAACAUAUAGAUUUUUGGGGUGGAUCCGGUGAAAUGAAAGGCAAUGUCACAAUCGAUGGACAACGUUUUGAUUUGUUUGUGAACUUUACUCAAUUAUUUUCAAAUGGAGAUUUAUCAUUAUCACAUCUUGUACACCGUUAUGUAUUACAUUAUAUUACUAUACCAAGUGGUCCAAGAUUUUGUGUUGGUGUUGCUAGUUUAACUCAACAGUUUUCAAUUUUACCAAUUGGUUGGGUAACAUCAAAAUGCAAAAAUUAUCCGAUAAAAUCUUGUGACUUUCAAAUACAUAAAUAUGGUGAAGGUAAUUCUGAACCACCAAAGGCUUAUCAUUUUCUGAUCAAUACAGAUGGUGGUGAUAUGUACAAUAUUAUUGUACGUGUUAGAUCUAAUUUUAGAUUUUAUCAUAGAAGUGAAAAAUUUAAAAAAGUAAUUGAUUCAGAUUGUAAUUUCAUAGUAAAUGGAGAAGAAGGAUGGGGUCAUGUACAAUGGUAUUAUCGAAGAUAGUUAUAUAGAAAAGCUCAUAAUAUUGAAUAAUAUUUUGUAAAUAGUAUUUUUACUUUUACAAGUGUGUUUGAAAAUUUUUAAUGAAUAAAAAAGUUAUUUUGUUUAUUUUUCAAUUAUCA